GCCCCGACCCUAAACAUGCAAUUCUAUGUGAUCGCAUUGGCCGUGAUCGGCGUCGUCGCUGCCGAUGUCAGUCAUCUUCAACUUGGAUCAGCUGCUGGCUAUAGCUAUAGCUCCCCCUCAUCCCCCUCGUCGUCUGCUCAAUUUGCAAUUCCUGGCGGAGAUUCCAGCAGUUAUCAGCCCGAGCAUUUGAUCCCACAGCAUCUGAAGUCCGCUUCAGCUUCGCAGUCGUUUAAUCUUGGAGCUGAUACUCAGACUCCAGAGCAAUUUAUUCCCGAGGCUGAUCGCAUUGCUCAUACUCAAUAUGUGCAGGAACAGGCACAGGCACAAGUGGUUGUUCCUGGCGGAGAUUCAAGCAGCUAUCAACCAGCUCAUCUGAUUCCCCAACACUUGAAGGCAUCCCAUGUCUCCACAACGCAGUCGAUCAAUCUUGGAGCUGAUACUCAGACUCCAGAGCAAUUUAUUCCUGAAGCUGAUCGCAUUGCUCAUACCCAAUAUGUGCAGGAACAGGCACAGGCACAAGUGGUUGUUCCUGGCGGAGAUUCAAGCAGCUAUCAACCAGAGCACUUGAUCCCACAGCAUCUGCAGGCAGCUCAUGUGGAAUCAGCAUCAGCUCAGUUAGUUCCUGGCGGCGAUUCAAGCAGUUAUCAACCAGCUCAUCUGAUUCCCCAACACUUGAAGGCAUCCUAUGUCUCCACAACGCAGUCGAUCAAUCUUGGAGCUGAUACUCAGACUCCGGAGCAAUUUAUUCCUGAAGCUGAUCGCAUUGCCCACUACAACUACGUUCAAGCCCAGACUCAGGCUUCAGCUCAGAUUAUUCCCGGAGGCGAUUCCAGCAGCUAUCAGCCCGAGCAUUUGAUCCCACAGCAUUUGCAGUCCGCUUCAGCUUCCGAGUCGUUUAACCUUGGAGCUGAUACUCAGACACCUGAGCAGUUCAUUCCAGAGGCUGAUCGCAUUGCUCACGCCAACUAUGUCCAGGAGCAGGAACAGCAUCAGUCACAGUCACCUGUGGUUAUUGGUGCCAAUACCAUAACGCCAGCUCAUCUGUACCAGGAGCAGGUUUCCAACGGCAUCGAGGAAUUCAAUCCAGAGACUCAUGUGCCCGUUGUCAUUGGACGCGAUACGGUGACCCCAGCUCACCUAUUGCCCAAAUACUCAGUCGGUGCCACCUCCAGCGCCUCCUCCUCCAUUGUCUCCUCCGGACACGAUACUCAGUACGGAUCCAAUGGCGGUUAUGUUUACUAAUUUAGUUGCAUAUUUAAUAGAGAUAAAUAUAUGAAUUCUGACCUUUAAAAAACAAUUGUUUCAUGCCAAUUACUGCUACACUCAAUUACAGGGUAUUAAAAGCUUUAAA